AUGAGGGGUGGUAGUGGGUCCAUUGUAAGGAAUUUGUCCUGGGCAAUGAGAUCUUGGAACGAGUCCUCGAUUCUGGUGGACAAGAAGUCUAAAUUUCAAGCGCGAUGUUGCACACUAACCGACCAAAAGGAAGUCCCCAGUAUGUUGAAUGAAUUGGUGAGAGAGACCAAAGCUGUAGCUAAGGCUUCCCAUCCACAUAUGUACGCAUGGAGAACUGGUGAUGUGAAAACAGUUGCCGGUUCUUCAAAUGGAACGAGUAAAAAGCGUUCCCAAUCUCGUAAUCGAAAUAACAACAAAAGCGACGGCGACGACCAGGAAACGCGGGUAAAGAAUUUGCAGCAAGGGUCCUCGGACUGUGGAGAGGCUGGUGCUGGACAAAGGUUAUUGACUUUACUGGAGCGCUCUCAUGCAAUAAAUGUUCUUGUAAUUGUUACGCGAUGGUAUGGCGGGACACCACUGGGUCCCGCCAGGUUUAGACAUAUAUCUACCGCGGCUGUAGAGAGUCUCAAGCUUGGAAAGUAUAUCUCUUGA